UAAAACGGUCCGAGGAUCCGUGCUUUCCCCCAUUGUUGCAAUCCUAAUUUGGCCUUUGAACUAAGCAUUACUAUUUCUUUAGCGUCAUUUAAGGAACGUGGUCUAAAACAUCCUCAAAUGGAUCGAUGUUCCUGACUCUCAGUGCAUUGAAACAUGCAUAGAAUUGGUCUGUAAAAGGUAGAGGUGGAAGUGGCAACAACCCUCCUCCUUCUCUCCCGUCACCUACCACCGCUCAUCCUUCUCCGUCAUGGCUGCUGUCCUCUUCCUUCUCGCACUUUUGUGUGGAUUGGUUGCAUGUGCACCUACACGAUUAUCACAGUCCACAUUAAUGGCUCGCAGUGAUGACUGUUUCAAAGGUCACCCAUACCCUGCCAACCUCCCGCUCUUGCAGUUCAAGCCUUGCACAUCACGGCUUCCAUCCCAAGGUCCAAGUUCCUCCUCCUUCAAAGUGAUGGUGAUCACUGAUACGCAUUUAUUGGACGAUCAAACCGUUCCGGGAAAUGCAAGCAAUGUUGCCCGUGCAUCAAGGAAUGCUGUUCGAACAUACAUCUCACAAGAACAGCCGGAUUUCGUUGUUCAUCUUGGUGAUAUGAUCAGUGGAGAAGCAGCAAAUAAUACAAAAGACGUUCAAAGUGCAAUACGUGAAAUUUUAAGUCCAAUGAAAGAUAAACGAAUUCCAUUUUCAACCACAAAAGGUAAUCAUGAUAAUGAAAAAUAUUCAACGCAUGGAAGCAUUACCGAUAUCGAACGUAAUUAUGCACCUUCUUUGAGUUACACACGUAAAGCACCGGCAAACGUUGGAGGAGGAGAAUACGGAACGGAUAAUUAUUGGAUUCCAAUCUUUCAGGCUGGUCCUGUUGAUCCCAAUAAAACUGCUCCAAAAGUCUUGCUCUGGUUCUUUGAUUCUCGUGCCGGUAGAAAGAUGCUAUCACAAGGAUAUGGACCGGUAAAUGAUUGGGUAGAUGAUUCAGUGGCAGAUUGGAUUACAAGCGAAACGGAAAAGAUGGAAAAAGCUUGGGGUCACGUUCCACCAGGAUUAAUCUUUGUUCAUAUUCCCGUUCAUGAACAUUACACAACCCAGAAUGAUCCUCCUUAUGCUGAUCAUGUUGGUGGAGUGCCGGAUGAAACGCCUGCUAAUUAUACCAACAAAGGUCUUGCCUAUCAAGGCCUGAAUGAUGAUAAACCAUUAGCAUCGCAAGGUCAAGAAAGCGAUCAAGGUGAGUACAGUCAUCGAAUCCAGAAGAGUCAAUAAAAUACUGAUAAGCCACUCUUUCCCCCUCAGACACAUACACAGGUCAGGACCGCUCAUUCUUGAACGCAUUCAUGAACAGCAAAGCAGGAAAAGCAUACGUACACGGCAUCGUAAGCGGUCACGAUCACGGUAAUGAUUGGUGUGCACCAAGUUCACUCAAAUCAUCCGCAGGUCAAAUUGUACCAGUUUGUUUUGCAAAACAUUCAGGUUAUGGUGGAUAUGAUUAUGAUAAUUGGAAUCAUGGUGCUCGUAUUUUUGAUUUUAACGAAGAAAACGUUCAAGAUGGCGUUCAAACGUAUGUUCGAUUUGAAACUGGUGAAAAACGUUAUUCAACCAAUUUGAAUUCGAAAUGGGCCAGUGAAGUGCCUGCUUAAAUAGUAUAUCUCUUCAAUAUGAUGAUGAUGAUGAAUGAUGAUUGUAGUGUCUUAACCCUUAACCCCGGAUUUUAUUUAAGCUCUACACGCAGCCAGCCAGCCUAGUGCCCA